CACACACACUUGCAGGCGCACACCCAUCCUCGCCGGUCGGGAGGCAGCAGCAGGCUCCCUCGCCCCCACGCACGCCCAGGCAUCCCCACCCACAGCCACAUAUAUGUGUUUUUGCCCUGAAAAAAGUGUAAAUAAAGCCUCACUGGCCCCCAAUGAGGCGUUCCUUCCCGACUUUUUUGGAUCAAUCAAACAGACAGUGGCUUCUUUUGAUUAAAGCCCAAAUUGUCAUUGGGCAGAAGCAAUCAUGUGACAGCCAAUUCGGUCCAAUUUCAACCUUGUCUCCAUGAAUUCAAUAGUUUAAUAGUAGCGCGGUCCCCAUACGGCUGUAAUCAGUGAAUUAGAAAAAAAACACCCCAGCAGCGAUCUUCUAUGAUAGAUUUUUUUUUUCUUCCGCACUCGCCUUUUUCCCGGGCCUUGCCCCCCCAAAACCCCUCCAGAAGAGGGAACUUUUUCUCCGAGGGGGCUCCAAGGAGAAGGCCAUGAAUUACGAAUUUGAGCGAGAGAUUGGUUUUAUCAAUAGCCAGCCGUCGCUCGCUGAGUGCCUGACAUCUUUUCCCCCUGUCGCUGAUACAUUUCAAAGUUCAUCAAUCAAGACCUCGACGCUUUCACACUCGACACUGAUUCCUCCUCCUUUUGAGCAGACCAUUCCCAGCCUGAACCCGGGCAGUCACCCUCGCCACGGCGCUGGCGGCCGCCCCAAGCCGAGCCCCGCGGGCAGCCGCGGCAGCCCAGUGCCCGCCGGCGCCCUGCAGCCGCCCGAGUACCCCUGGAUGAAGGAGAAGAAGGCGGCCAAGAAAACCGCUCUGCCGCCCGCCUCGGCCGCCGCCGCCGGCCCUGCCUGCCUCAGCCACAAAGAAUCCCUGGAAAUCGCCGAUGGCAGCAGCGGGGGCUCCCGGCGCCUGAGAACUGCUUACACCAACACGCAGCUUUUAGAGCUGGAGAAAGAAUUUCAUUUCAACAAGUACCUUUGCAGACCCCGAAGGGUGGAGAUCGCAGCGCUGCUGGAUUUGACUGAGAGACAAGUGAAAGUGUGGUUUCAGAACCGGAGGAUGAAGCACAAGAGGCAGACCCAGUGCAAGGAGAACCAAAACGGUGACGGGAAAUUUAAAAGCCUGGAAGACUCUGAGAAAGUGGAGGAGGAUGAGGAAGAGAAGUCGCUCUUUGAGCAAGCUCUCAGCGUCUCCGGGGCCCUUCUGGAGAGGGAAGGUUACACUUUUCAGCAAAAUGCCCUCUCUCAGCAGCAAGCUCCCAAUGGACACAAUGGUGACUCCCAAAGUUUCCCAGUUUCGCCUUUAACCAGCAAUGAGAAAAAUCUGAAACAUUUUCAGCACCAGUCACCCACUGUUCCUAACUGCUUGUCAACAAUGGGCCAGAACUGUGGCUCUGGCCUAAACAAUGACAGUCCCGAGGCCCUCGAGGUCCCCUCUUUGCAGGACUUUAACGUUUUUUCCACAGAUUCCUGCCUGCAGCUUUCAGAUGCAGUCUCGCCCAGUUUGCCAGGUUCCCUCGACAGUCCAGUAGAUAUUUCAGCUGACAGUUUUGACUUUUUUACAGACACACUCACCACAAUCGACUUGCAGCAUCUGAAUUACUAAAAACAUUAAAGCAAAACAAAGCAUCAC